AUGGGCAGCUCUGAUAUUGAAACCAUGCAACAUGCCCUGGAGCUGGCACGAAAAUCGCCACCAAAACCAACCAACUUCCGAGUUGGAGCUGUCCUAAUGCGGCUUGCAGACGGCCAUAUUUCGACAGAGGGUUACACAUUAGAACUCCCGGGUAAUACCCACGCGGAGGAAUGUUGCCUUCUCAAGCUGGCCGGAAAGCACUCAAUUGCGGAGGAAGACCUUUGGCAAAAGGUUACUGAGCCACAUGCUGUGUAUACCACCGUUGAACCCUGCUCAAAACGUUUGAGUGUUUAUGUUGGUGUUCAAGAGCCCGACACCUUUGUUAGUCAAAACGAGGGGAGACGAAUGCUGGAAGAGGCGGGUAUCGAGGUCAUCCACGUCAAGGGCCUGGAGGAAAGCAUACUCCAGGUUGCAACUGCAGGUCACAUCUCGGAGUGA